GCAGCGCAGCGGCAGCGGCGGCGGCGGCGGAGCUCGGCCGAGGAGCCUCGCGGCGCCCCGGAGCAGGGUAUAUGUGGAAUUUGAUGAUCUUGACUGGGAUAAACGAGAGUGGGUCAAAGUGUAUGAAGAUUUUUCAGCCUUCCUGGUGGAAUACCGCUUAAUCUGGGCCAAAAGGAACAACCCUAGACAUACUCAGGGAUCAAAGAGCAAACAGACCCAGUGGCCUGCAUUGACUUUCAAACCCCUAGUUGAGAAAAGUAUACCCAGUUCAAUCACUGCAGUAGAAUUCCUUGUAGAUAAACAAUUGGAUUUUUUAUCUGAAGAUAGUGCCUUUCAGCCCUACCAGGACGACCUAGACAGCCUAAACCCAGUUCUCAGGGACAACCCACAACUUCGGGAGGAAGUGAAAGUCUGGGUAAAGCAGCAGAAGGUUCAGGAGAUUUUUAUGCAAGGUCCUUAUUCCUUAAAUGGCUACAGAGUAAGAGUGUAUAGACAGGAUUCCGCCACCCAGUGGUUUACUGGCAUAAUCACUCAACAUGACCUCUUCACUCGCACCAUGAUCGUUAUGAAUGAUCAGGUACUAGAACCACAGAAUGUCGAUCCUUCUAUGGUUCAAAUGACCUUUCUAGAUGAUGUUGUUCACUCUCUGUUAAAAGGUGAAAAUAUUGGCAUUACAUCACGACGGAGGUCUCGUGCCUGUCAAAAUAGUAACACUGUUCACGGUCAUUAUACGCGUGCCCAAGCAAACAGUCCGAGACCAGCAAUGAACUCCCAAGCUGCUGUACCAAAACAGAAUGCACACCAGCAGCCAAGAAAUGCACGCCCGAAUAAGAGGAAGGGCUCAGAUAGCAGUAUACCAGAUGAAGAGAAAGUGAAGGAGGAGAAGCAUGAUUAUAUAGGAAGAGGAGAAAAUCCUAAAGGUAAAAAUAAGCCAUUGAUGAGCAAAAGACGGAAACUUCCCGAGGAGGAUGAGAAGAAACUAAAUAUGAAGAGACUGCGCACUGACACUGUUUCAGACUUUUCUGAGAGCAGCGAUUCAGAAAACUCAAAUAAGAGGGUACUAAAUAAUUCCUCAGAACAGAAGCUAGAGAACGAGUUAAAAACGAAAAACAUUUCAAAGGUGAACGGCGAAGGGAAAUCGCAGACUCAUGAAAAGAUGGGAGAGGAGACACUGAUGGACCACCAGACUUCUUGGGAUCAAGGGCAGGAGGAUAAAAAGCUUGAGGAAGAAAAGCAAAAGUGUGCUGACUCUCAGCUUCAGGAAAAACUCAUGACUCAUUCAUCAGAGCAGUCAGCACUUCCCGAGCAUAACCGGAAUGAUUUACUUCUCCAGGAUUACAAUACUGAUAAAACACAUGCAGCGGAAUUACCACCAAAGGAGAAAUUUGUGUCCAGACCACCUACCCCAAAAUGCGUUAUUGAUAUUACAAGUGACACGAAUGCAGAAAAGGUAGUUCCGGAAAAUGCAAGUUCCUUUGGCCUUCCGGCAGUUCAAAGAAUGGAUCCUAAUGUGAGUGAUUCAAAAUAUUCCCUUGUGAAUGCAAAAUACCUGGAAACCUCCAAACAAGAUUCCGACCCACGGUGGGUCGGUGACAUGGCUAAAGUGGAUUUAACCCAACCGAGUGUCCGGAAUACUUCAGGAAACGAUCAUCUGAAUAUGGAAAAAGAGAAAAACCAGUACGUCCCUUACAUGUCUGUCAGUGGAGUGUCUGGCACAGAAGAUAAACUUCCUAAGCGAAGUCCCCCCCCAGAGACAGUCAAACCCAAGCUUAGCGCUUCGGUGGAUGUGCACAAAGCUAAAUCCAACCCCUCUCCUGAGGUGGUCAAAGCUAAAGUUGCCCAUUCUCCCGAUUCUGUGAAGACGAAGGCCGCUUACGUCAACAACCAAGCUGCCGGUGAGAGAAGACUGGCCAGCAAGAUCGAGCACGAGCUCACCAGAUGCAGCUUCCACCCAGUUUCUUCUCGAGGCAGCGCGCUGGAAUCCACCAAGAGUCCCCUCAUCAUCGAUAAAAACGAGCAUUUCACUGUUUACAGGGAUCCUGCGCUUAUCGGGUCAGACACGGGAGCGAGCCCCAUUUCCCCUUUCUUAAGCCAGCACCCCUUCCCUCUGCAUUCUUCAUCGCACCGAGCCUGUCUCAACCCAGGGACUCAUCAUCCUGCCUUAACCCCCGCCCCGCACCUGUUGGCCGGCUCGUCCGGCCAGACGCCGUUGCCGGCCAUGAACGCGCACCCGCUGACCAGCGGCCCGCACCACUCUGUCCAUCACCCCCACCUGCUGCCAGCUGUGCUGCCUGGAGUGCCCCCCGCCUCCCUGCUGGGCCACUCGCGGCUAGAGACCGCCCACGCCAGCAGCCUGAGCCACUUGGCGCUGGCCCACCAGCAGCAGCAACAGUUGCUGCAGCAUCAGUCGCCUCAUCUUCUUGGACAAGCUCACCCGUCCGCGUCAUACGGUCAGUUGGGGCUCUACCCGAUUAUUUGGCAAUAUCCGAAUGGAACGCACGCGUACUCAGGGCUUGGUCUCCCGUCCUCCAAGUGGGUUCACCCAGAAAACGCAGUGAAUGCCGAAUCUUCGUUGAGGAGGAACUCUCCCAGUCCUUGGUUGCAUCAACCCACUCCUGUGACCUCCACGGAUGGGAUUGGAUUACUUACUCACAUUCCUGUUAGACCUUCCAGUGCAGAACCUCAUCGGCCGCUGAAAAUGGCAGCACAUUCCAGUCCACCAUUGACAAAAAGUCUGAUAGAUCAUCAUAAAGAAGAAUUGGAAAGGAAAGCCUUCAUUGACCCGUUACGCUCUGUUCCACCCGCAUCAACAAAAAGUGACCUGGACCUAAACAGGUCACAGACUGGGAAAGAUGGUCAUUUGCAUCGGCAUUUUGUGGAUCCUCUGUUGAAUCCAUUGCAAAGGCCACCGCAGGAGACCGGAGAGAGGUUAAACAAGUAUAAGGAGGAGCAUCGGAGAGUUCUUCAAGAAAGCAUCGACGUUGCUCCCUUCACAACUAAGAUAAAGGGGCUUGAGGGUGGUGAACGAGAGAAUUAUUCCAGAGUAAUCUCAUCAUCUUCAAGCCCUAAAAGCCAUAUCAUCAAGCAGGACAAGGAUGUCGAAUGCUCCGUCUCAGAUCUUUAUCAAAUGAAGCAUUCAGUGCCUCAAAGUUUGCCCCAAAGUAACUACUUCACGACACUGUCCAACAGUGUAGUCAAUGAACCGCCCAGGUCGUAUCCAUCCAAAGAGGUUUCAAGUAUUUACAGUGAAAAACAGAGUGGUGCCCUCACAGCCGUGACUAAUCCUCAGGCUCACACUUCGUUUAUAUCCUCUCUUUCCAAGCCUCCGCCUCUGAUCAAGCACCUACCAGAAGGGGAAGGCCUGGUAGGCAAGGUACCCGAGCAUCUCCCCCACCCGAUCGCGUCGCACUCGGUGACGACCUUCAGGAACGAUUGUAGGAGCCCAACUCACCUGACGGUUUCGUCUACCAAUCCGCUCCGGAGCAUGCCUGCUUUGCACAGAGCACCGGUUUUUCACCCCCCGAUUCAUCACAGCCUGGAAAGGAAGGAGAGCAGCUACGGUAGUAGUCUUUCGCCUCCAACUCUAACUCCAGUGAUGCCUGUAAAUGCUGGUGGGAAAGUGCCGGAAUCGCAGAAGCCUCCGACUCUGAUUCCUGAGCCAAAAGACUCUCAGGCAAACUUCAAGAGUUCUUCGGAACAGAGUUUGCCAGAAAUGUGGAAGGCUAAUAAUAACCUCACUAAAGAAAAGUCUGAGUGGCACGGGGAUAAAAGCAGUGGCAAGUCACAGGCUGCGACGGCAUCUGUCAUUGUCCGUCCCCCCUCUCGUACCAAACUGGAGAGCGGGCCAGCGAUGCCCGUGCCGUCAGCUUCCAAAGAUCGACUCGGGGAAAGGUCUGCCACGGGGGCGAAUCCAACAGAUUGCCUCAAACUAGCAGAAACCGGAGAGACGGGAAGGAUCCUCCUGCCAAGCGCAGAGGCAGACAGUGCUCCCGUAAAACCCGAGAAAAGCUUUCAGGCUGUCUCCCAGGGCAGUGUUCCCAGUUCAGUCAUGUCUUCUGUAAAUACUGUGUGUAAUACCAAAACGGAUGUAUUCACAUCUGCUGCCGCUACCACCAGUGUUUGCAGCUGGGGUAGCUCAGAAAUAAUUUACUCUUUAUCAAAUACCAUUUUGGCCUCUAAAUCCUCCGAAUGUACCUCUUCGAAAAGUGUCAGUCAGUCGGUGGCUCCAGCCCAAGAAAGCAGGGGCAACACCCCAGCUCCAGCUCCGGCGGCACCAGCCAGUAGCAAGACAGGCAGCGCCGUCCCGCCCAGCUCUGGGUUCUCGAGCACAAGUGAUUUUAUCCAUUUAAAGAAGCACAAGGCAGCUUUGGCUGCCGCGCAGUAUAAGAGUAGUAAUGUCAGUGAGAACGAGCCCAACGCUGUGAAAAGUCAGACCUCUUCAGUCUCUCUGCUCUCGGAUAGCCCUGGCGUCUGUAGUCCGAUAAACAAAGCAAGCUCUGUAGGAAACGGGCAGGCCUCCCAGACAAAUCAGCCAAACUACCACACUAAGCUGAAAAAGGCCUGGCUUACUCGACAUUCGGAAGAAGAUAAAAACACUCACAAAGUGGAAAAUUCAGGGAAUUCUGUGUCAGAAAUCAUUAAGCCAUGUUCCGUCAACUUAAUAGCCUCGACGUCUAAUGACAUCCAAAACAGUGUCGACAGUAAGAUGCUGGUCGAUAAAUAUCUAAAGGAUGAUAAAGUCAGCAGGAGAAAAAACAAAAGGACUUACGAUUCGGGCUCCGAGAGCGGAGACUCGGACGAAAGUGAAAGUAAGUCCGAGCAAAGGACUAAAAGGCAGCCGAAGCCGACUUACAAAAAGAAGCAGAACGACCUGCAGAGGAGAAAGGGCGAGGUGGAGGAAGAUGUAAAACCCAAUGGCGUGCUCAUCAGGAGUGCCAAAGAAAAGAGUAAAUUGAAAUUGCAGAGCAACAGCAACAGUGCUGGCAUUCCUCGUUCAGUAUUAAAAGACUGGCGGAAAGUCAAGAAACUGAAGCAAACCGGGGAGUCCUUUUUACAGGAUGACUCUUGCUGCGAGAUAGGGCCUAAUUUACAGAAGUGCAGAGAAUGUCGACUCAUUCGGAGUAAGAAAGGAGAGGAGCCAACACACUCGCCAGUAUUUUGUAGGUUCUACUACUUUAGAAGAUUGUCCUUUAGUAAAAACGGAGUGGUUAGGAUCGAUGGCUUUUCUUCGCCUGACCAAUAUGAUGAUGAAGCUAUGAGUUUGUGGGCACAUGACAAUUAUGAUGACGAUGAGCUUGACAUAGAAACUUCAAAAUACAUCUUGGAUAUAAUAGGCGACAAGUUCUGUCAGUUAGUAACAUCUGAAAAAACAGCUUUGUCCUGGGUGAAAAAGGAUGCCAAAAUUGCUUGGAAAAGAGCAGUGAGAGGAGUUCGGGAAAUGUGUGAUGCGUGUGAAGCAACGCUGUUCAACAUCCACUGGGUUUGCCAAAAAUGCGGAUUUGUGGUCUGCCUGGAUUGUUACAAGGCAAAGGAAAGGAAGAGUUCUCGAGAUAAAGAACUUUAUGCCUGGAUGAAGUGUGUGAAGGGGCAGCCUCAUGAUCACAAACAUUUAAUGCCAACUCAGAUCAUACCCGGUUCUGUUUUAACAGAUCUUCUAGAUGCAAUGCACGUGCUUAGAGAAAAACUUGGAAUUAAAUCCCAUUGUCAUUGUUCUAACAAACAGAAUAUGCCAGCUGGAAACUUUCCUGCAAUGAACGGCGUCUCACAAGUUUUGCAGAAUGUUCUUAAUCACAGUAAUAAAAUUUCUCUGUGCAUGCCUGAGUCUCAGCAGCAAAAUCCACCUCAGAAGUCUGAGAGUAACGGCGGCAGCAGCCCGGCCAGUGACGCCAGCACAGAGAGCAAGCGGACUCCUCCGGAAUCUCAUUCACCUCUGCACUGGCUAGCAGACCUGGCGGCGCAGAAGGCCAGAGAGGAAAAAAAAGAAAACAAAGAAUUUGUCCUUGAAAAUCAAAUUAAAGAAGAGCGAGAACCAGACAGUCCGGAUUCUCCAAGUAGCAGAAAUUCACCCACGAUGGCCCAGAAUAACGAGCAAGGCUCCACGUUGCGUGAUUUGCUGACCACGACCGCUGGCAAGCUGCGUGUGGGCUCGACGGAUGCCGGCAUUGCUUUCGCCCCAGUGUACUCGAUGGGACCACCAAGUGGUAAAAGUGGAAGAACUAUGCCCAAUAUUCUUGAUGAUAUUAUUGCUUCAGUUGUUGAAAACAAAAUUCCACCAAAUAAAGUUGCUAAGAUGAAUUCAAAGUCGGAGAAAGAGGAGCCAACGGAAAGAAAACCCGUCGUGGAUGAAAACCAUAAAUUGCACAGCGACAUACCACACUCUUGGGUCUGUGAGGACCACAUUCUGUGGCUCAAGGAUCAUAAGAACAGCAAUAAUUGGAAGCUUUUCAGAGAGUGCUGGAAACACGGACAGCCUGCAGUGGUUUCAGGCUUGCAUAAGAAAAUGAACAGCAACUUGUGGAAGGCGGAAUCGAUAAGUCUUGAUUUUGGCGACAACCAAGCUGAUCUUCUCAACUGUAAGGACAGCAUCGUUUCCAACGGCAGUGCCAAGGAGUUCUGGGAUGGCUUUGAAGAAGUUUCAAAACGGCAAAAAAUGAAAACUGGAGAAACAGUUGUUUUAAAAUUGAAAGAUUGUCCUUCUGGAGAAGACUUCAAGACUAUGAUGCCAGCAAGAUACGAUGAUCUCUUAAAAAGUUUGCCGCUGCCAGAAUAUUGUAAUCCAGAAGGAAAGUUCAAUUUGGCCUCCCACUUGCCAGGAUUUUUUGUGCGCCCUGAUCUCGGACCCAGGUUGUGCAGUGCUUACGGUGUAGUUGCUGCCAAAGAUCAUGACAUAGGAACAACAAAUCUCCACGUUGAAGUUUCCGAUGUUGUAAAUAUUCUAGUUUAUGUUGGCAUAGCAAAAGGAAAUGGCAUUCUCUCAAAAGCAGGAAUCCUGAAGAAAUUUGAAGAAGAAGAUUUAGAUGAUGUUUUCAGGAAGCGAUUGAAGGACUCGAGUGAAGUGCCUGGUGCUCUCUGGCAUAUUUUUGCUGGGAAAGACAUCGACAAGAUCAGAGAAUUCCUUCAAAAGGUUUCAAAAGAGCAAGGUCUUGAAGUUCUCCCGGAGCAUGAUCCCAUACGUGACCAGAGUUGGUACGUGAACCGAAAGCUUCGCCAGAGGCUGCUUGAGGAAUAUGGAGUCAAAACCUGGACUCUUAUCCAGUUCCUCGGUGAUGCCAUCGUCCUGCCGGCAGGAGCGCUUCAUCAGGUACAGAAUUUUCAUAGCUGCAUUCAGGUAACGGAAGACUUCGUGUCUCCAGAACAUCUUGUGCAGUCGUUUCAUCUAACGCAGGAAUUGAGGCUUCUAAAGGAAGAAAUCAAUUAUGAUGACAAACUGCAGGUUAAAAACAUCUUGUAUCAUGCGGUCAAGGAAAUGGUCAGAGCUCUGAAGGUCCAUGAAGAGGAACUCGAGGACAUGGAAGACAACUAGGUGCGGUCCGGUUCAAGUUCCCGAACUUGAAUUCGCCUCGGAAUGACAUGUGUGCGCGAGGACUUCAGCCGAACUCCUAAAACCACCGGUGCCAAGCAACUCAGCUCUCUGUAGUAAUGGCUCGUCGUGACACCGCAGCAGUAUAGCAUAUGACACAGUUCCUGUGAUUUCCACGUCAGCUCUUCAAACAGGCUAAAAUCGAAAAGCAGCUCCCGGGCUGUUUUGUAUUAUAGUGUGUAUGAUAUUUGUGAAAAUGCCAGAUUUAAAAUGAUGUAUUUAUUUUUAGAAAAAGACAAAAAUCUAUGCUAUAUUGUUGAUCACGUGUAAAUGGGACCUGUACAGUUUACUAAGAAUAACCGAUAUUUUUCACUACAUUGAGACAGUAACUGUGAGACUAGGACACAAACACCAGCCAUCGCCUGCAUUGGGGAAAUCGCUGAAUCGCACAGCUUCAUGUCAUAAUGAGGAGAUUACUGCCAAAUAACUGUAAAAUUUGUAAAAUACAAAGUAUAUAAGUAGAUACUAAAUACAGACACUUCAAUAUUUUGUUGAAGCUAUUGACUGUACAAUUAAACAUUUUCGAAAGGUGUAAUUUAUUUAAAAAUUGUCUCAUUUUCGUAAAAUUUAUGUGAACUUUUAAAGCUAAAUAUUAAUAUGCUAUGUAAAUAUAUACAUAUAUACAUUUAAUGAUGUAUUUUUUUAAAAACAUUGGCUUGCUUUAUUUGUUAAAGUGCAAGUGUUACAUAUGGCUUUGUACAUUAAAGUUGAAAGGGGUUUUACAUUUUCCAUUAAAAGGACUUUAUCAAAA